AUGUCUACACUACAUCAUACAGAGUCCGAUGACGUACGCAAUUCGAAAAUUAAUAGCGUAAAUACAUCUGAAGUGCUUCCUGCUGGUGUCCCUCUGCAUGCCUUUGGGUCGAUUGAAAGUAAUGAUGGACUCAGCUUAACCCGUCAAGAAAUCAAUCGCCUUAUAUUGGAAUAUCUCGUAGUCGAGGGUUACAAAGAUGCAGCUGAGAAAUUUAGUCGUGAAACCGGUAUUACAGAACCGCUCACUGAGAUGCGUAUUUCCGGAGAAAGCUUGGUGGAUCGAAUGUGGAUCCGUGAGGCGGUAUUGAGGCGGAAUAUAGCGGAAGUGAUAGAGAAGGUAAACUCCUUGUGGCCCGAGUUAUUUGACAAGAACCCGUUCAUUUAUUUCCAGCUUCGACAGCUACAGAUGCUGGAGCUUAUCCGCAAUCACAAACUGGAAGAUGCUCUUAUAUUCGCGCAGUCAUACCUGGCUGAUCCGGUCGCCAAACGACUUUCUGAUCACCCGCAACUACUGAACGAAAUGCAAAAUACAAUGGCUCUCUUGGCAUUUGACGACCCAGCUCAGAGUAUCUACGGUUGUUUACUUGGUCCUCAGCACGCAGAACUCGUGGCUGGUGCAUUAAAUCGAGCUAUUUUGAGGCACAUAGAAGCUUCGGGGGAUGAUUUGGAUGGUAUAGAUGAAGGAAAAACUUCAGCUACAGCCAAUACAAUCGGCUACUCUGGUACCUCGUCAACUGUCCCAAGAUUGACUAAAAUGAUGGCUAUGCUCUUGCAUUUUCGCGAAUUGGCUCAAUUGGAACUGCCAGCUGAACUGGCUUCUUUAUGA